GGAGGCUGAGGGGGACGCCGGGCACGAGGCGGACCGCUCCCGGGUCUCCGGGCCGCGGACCACCUCGCCCCGCCCCCGCGACCAGACCGCCCCCGUGCCGCGACGACUCACGUACGGCUCCCCCGGCGACGCCCUCGCCUGGGCCGCGGGCCGAGGCGUCGCCGCGCGUGCGCGAACCCGCUGGCGGGGGCUGGGCGUGCGGGUCCAAGGCGCCACCCCUCCCCAGGCCGCGGGUAGAAGCGCAUUGCGCGUGCGCGAGCCCUUUGAUGGCGGUAGGGCGUGCGGUUCUGGGGCCACACGCUCGCCAGGCUGCGGGCAGGGGCGUUGAAAAAGUCCCCCAGCUUCGAGUGCGGAUAGGUGUGAUGGUGGAUCUUGUGUGUCAGCCUGAGCAGGUCCUGGAAGGUGCUGCGUUGUAGAAGGCGAUUGCCCCCCAUAAUCUGAGUGGCCGCCUCCCCAUCAGGGAAGAAGAAGUUCUGCCCGGAGCCUGCAGCAUCAGCUCUUACCUGAGUUUCUGGCCUGCCAGCCUGCCCUGUGUAUUUCAGACUCGCCAGCUGCCGCAACCACUACAGGCUACUCUGUCAUCUUUCAAGAUGUUAGAUGUGGGAAAGUGGCCAAUUUUUACCCUGUGUUCUGGGGAAGAACUGCAGUUAAUUCGUCAGGCCUGUGUCUUUGGCAGUGCUGGCAACGAAGUUAUAUACACCACAGUAAACGAUGAGAUUUUUGCCCUUGGCACAAACUGCUCGGGCUGUUUGGGGUUAGGUGACAUCCAGAGCAUCAUUGAACCUCGGAGACUGGAUUCUUUAAGUGGCAAAAAAAUAGCCUGCCUCAGCUAUGGGAGUGGCCCCCAUGUUGUCCUUGCCACGUCAGAAGGAGACGUCUUCACCUGGGGUCAUAAUGCUUAUAGCCAACUGGGCAAUGGGACAACUAAUCAUGGUUUAGUUCCCUGUCACGUCUCUACUAACUUGUCAAACAAACAAGUCGUGGAGGUUGCCUGUGGAUCUUUCCAUUCCUUGGUGCUAACAUCUGAUGGAGAGGUGUUUGCCUGGGGCUAUAAUAACUGUGGGCAGGUAGGAUCCGGAUCAACAGCUAAUCAGCCAAUCCCUCGAAGAGUCACCGGCUGCUUACAGAAUAAGACAGUUGUGAACAUUGCAUGUGGGCAGAUGUGCUCCAUGGCAGUAGUGGAUACUGGGGAGGUCUACGUCUGGGGGUACAAUGGCAAUGGGCAGCUUGGACUCGGCAGUAGCAGCAACCAGCCAACCCCCUGCAGAAUAGCAGCUUUGCAAAGCGUUCGUGUCCAGCGGGUUGCCUGUGGCUACGCACACACAUUAGUAUUGACUGAUGAAGGCCAAGUGUAUGCUUGGGGUGCAAAUUCCUACGGCCAGCUGGGCACUGGCAGUAAAAGUAACCAGUCCUACCCUACCCCUGUCAUGGUGGAAAAGGACAGGAUCAUAGAGAUCGCAGCUUGCCACUCUGCCCACACGUCUGCUGCCAAGACCCAGGGGGGACACGUGUACAUGUGGGGCCAGUGUCGGGGCCAGUCGGUGACUCUGCCCCACCUCACCCACUUCUCCUGCACCGAUGACGUGUUUGCCUGCUUUGCCACUCCCGCCGUCACCUGGCGCCUCCUCUCCGUGGAACCGGAUGACCACCUCACAGUGGCUGAGUCACUGAAAAGGGAGUUUGACAACCCGGACACCGCAGACCUGAAAUUUCUGGUAGAUGGAAAGUAUAUUUAUGUACACAAAGUCCUUCUCAAAAUUAGGUCUGAGCAUUUUCGGUCUUCGCUGGGGGACAGUGAGGAUGAUAUUGUAGAGAUGAGUGAGUUCUCGUAUCCUGUUUACCGCGCCUUCCUGGAGUACCUGUACACGGACAGCAUCAGCCUUGCGCCCGAGGAGGCCAUAGGACUGCUAGAUUUGGCCACAUUUUACAGAGACAACCAACUGAAAAAGCUCUGCCAGCAAACUAUCAAGCAAGGAAUCUGCGAGGAGAACGCCAUCGCGCUGCUCUCGGCCGCAGUGAAGUACGACGCUCAGGAUUUAGAAGAAUUCUGUUUCAGAUUUUGUAUAAACCACUUGACUGUAGUAACACAGACUCCAGGAUUUGCAGAAAUGGACCAUGAUCUCCUGAAGAACUUUAUCGGUAAAGCAAGCAGAGUUGGAGCCUUUAAAAAUUGACCCCCAUGUGCAGGAAAGAAUUGCUGAGCCUGUCUUUUUCCUCUACAAAAGCCACAGAAGAAUAACUUCUCUUUAAUUUAAUUGUAACUAUGAUGAAUUUGGUGAGCUACAUUUUGCUGAAUGCUCAUGUUCUGUCAAAAGAAGGGUGCUGGUCAGUCUUUUCCAUCUGCCUAAAUCCACAGUUUACAUAGAAAGUGUUAAAUGUUCUCAUCAGAUGACUAAGCACAAGAAAAAAAAUAUUUAAAGUGUUGCACUAUAUUUGUCAUUUCCUCUUUGAGUUACUUAAGUUGGACACCUUUGAUACCUUGGUUUCAGUAUAUGCUAUUCUGGCCGAAUGUUCCGUUACUCAGCUGCUGACCUCAUGCGGACAGCCUGACGAGGAAUGUGGGCCCUGCCACAAGGGCAGCCUCUCCAGGGCUGAGCAGAUGGAAGGCACUCAGUUGAUUCAUUUUAAAUCUUAAACAUGCCCCGAGAACAGCUUUAUUGGUGGGAUACCAGAUGAGGGAAUAACUUAAGAUGAAUUUAAAACUGCUUGUAAUUAAAGGUUCAUAUUCCUCUGGUACAUUGUUCUGAGAAAGAGUAGCUAAUUUAGAGAAUUGAUUAGAAUUCACAAAAGGCCUUGACAAUUAAAGUGUUAAAGGCCCAAAGGCGAGUUUUAAUUUUCCAUUUCCUCCAAGUCAUUAAUUUCUCAUAUGGGAUUACUGAAUAGGAAGUACUAGCCUCUUUGAAAGAUUGCUGCUUCUGGGCUCAUCUGCCUUAUAUAAUUGCAUAGUGUCCUUUACUUUUCUUGUGUUGAGAGAUUUGCCUGUGUAAAAUGUAUGUUUUUUUGUAGUUUUGACUGUUGUGUCAAUAUAAAACACGUCUCUUAAUCUGGUACCAAUGUGAUUAUAAAGUACUGGCUGAAAAGGAACUAAUACUUUAAUUACAAGGAGAGCAUUAAAAGAAUGGGAUAAAUUUAUACUUUUUAGAUCAAAACAAGUUAUCCAACUGCAAGAGAAACUGGAAUGGGAUGAUAUAGUUUCAGAUUCUUCUAAUAUGUAUCUUGCAAUAUGAUAUUAUGUAAAGAAAAACCUUUUAGAGUUUAGCAACCUUGUUCUGAUGCUGAACUAUUUGAUAAUAAACUCUUAUUUGCAGAUAAUAGUA